CCAAAGGCGUGACAGGGAGCUCUGCUUGCUCCGAGCAAAUCGGGCAGUCUGCUGAACGCUUCCGAAGAUACGAGACAAUAAGUGAUUAAAGGAAGUUCCCGGGAGGUCAAUGAAUAGUGAUUUUUCUGUCAAUCCCAAUCUGAAGCCAGAACCAAUCAAUCAAAGUAUCAAUUAGUAGUGAAUUUCAGACUUAAUCAUGCAGAGUCAGUCAUUUGAGGGAGGAAAAAAAUCGCCCACCUAAUAGCCGCUGCCCAAUGCGGCGUGGUGAUCAAUUACUCUGCCGAUCCCAGCAAACCUAGAAAUGGACACCCACUCGACUCACCCGGCCGGAACCAUUCGCUCCCGUAGCUCCCAGUCCCCUUCUCCCUCUCAUUCUGCCUCCGCCUCCGCUACUUCUACCAUCCACAAGCGCAAGAUGGCCUCUGAUGAUCACGCUCCUCCCUUCCCCCCCUCUUCCUUCUCCGCCGACACCCGAGACGGCGCUCUGACCUCCAAUGAUGACCUCGAGAGCAUUUCCGCCCGCGGCGCUGAUUCCGACUCCGACGAUGAGUCCGAGGAUGCCGUUGUUGACGACGACGAGGAGGAUUACGACAAUGACUCCUCCAUGCGCACCUUCACCGCCGCAAGGCUUGAAAACCCCUCCUCAGCCCCUCGGAAUACCAAGCUCCAAAAGGAUAAUACGACGGUCAAGAUGGAGAAUUCGGACGGUGCGAAAGACGCUGCCACUGCUGGGACUGCUACGGUGGGAACCAUUCCCACCUCCACCUCGGUUCCGGGCAUUAUGGUUAAGGAGGACGCCACCAAGAUUUUUACUGAUAAUUUGCAGACGAGUGGGGCAUACUGUGCAAGGGAGGAGAGUCUCAGGAGAGAGGAAGAAGCAGGGAAGCUGAAAUUCGUAUGUCUUUCAAAUGAUGGCGUUGAUGAGCAUAUGGUUUGGUUGAUAGGAUUGAAGAAUAUUUUUGCUAGACAACUUCCCAAUAUGCCCAAGGAAUACAUUGUCCGACUUGUUAUGGAUAGGAGCCAUAAGUCUGUGAUGGUCAUAAGAAGUAACAAAGUUGUUGGAGGAAUUACAUAUCGCCCAUAUGUAAACCAAAAGUUCGGUGAGAUAGCCUUUUGUGCAAUAACAGCUGAUGAGCAAGUAAAAGGUUAUGGCACCAGACUGAUGAAUCACUUGAAACAGUAUGCUCGUGAUGAGGAUGGAUUGACACACUUUCUCACAUAUGCUGAUAAUAAUGCUGUUGGCUAUUUUAUCAAGCAGGGCUUCACCAAAGAGAUUCACUUGGAGAAAGAUCGAUGGCAAGGGUAUAUAAAGGAUUAUGAUGGAGGAAUUCUCAUGGAAUGCAAGAUUGAUCCAAAGCUCCCAUACACUGAUUUAUCAACUAUGAUUCGUCGUCAGAGGCAGGCUAUUGAUGAAAAGAUAAGAGAGUUGUCAAACUGUCACAUUGUUUAUCCCGGAUUUGAUUUUCAGAAGAAAGAAGCUGGUAUUCCUAAAAAAUCGAUCAAAGUUGAGGAUAUCCCUGGUUUGAGAGAGGCUGGAUGGACUGCUGAUCAGUGGGGUCAUUCCCGAUUUAGAAGUAGUUUAUGUGUUUCUACAGACAGCGCUACAAAUCAAAAACAUUUGACUGCAUUUAUGCGAUCACUUCUAAAGUCAAUGCACGACCAUGCUGAUGCCUGGCCAUUCAGAGAACCAGUUGAUGCCCGGGAUGUUCCUGAUUAUUAUGACAUCAUCAAAGAUCCAAUGGAUCUGAAGACAAUGUCAAAGAGGGUGGAGUCUGAGCAAUAUUAUGUUACGUUAGAGAUGUUCGUUGCAGAUGCCAGCAGAAUGUUCGCCAAUGCACGAACCUAUAACUCUCCAGAGACGAUUUAUUAUAAAUGCGCUGCCAGGCUGGAAGCCCAUUUUCGGAGCAAAGUCCAAUCUGGUGUACAGUCGGGCACCAAAAUUCAGUAGGAACACCUAAAUGCGUUUUAACAUGGAUCCCUCUCCCUCCCCUUCAGUGGCUAAAGGAAUUUGAAUCUUCUCCAUUAUUUCUAUGUAUGUUGUAAAAUCUUUAAUUUAAUUUUUUGUGAAACGUGUUAACUUUUUUGUGCAGUUGAGAUUGAUUUUAUUUUAACAUAAUAGUAAAAACAAUUUCGUUGAUA